AUGGUUAAAACCUCGAUGCUUGGGCGGCCGCCUUCACCACAGAGUAACAAAGAAACAAAUUCCAGUGGGACCAAGAUAAGAAGAAGCCAAAAACUAUCAUCGGCCUUCCAGUCUCUUCCCGACGAACUCCUUCGCAAAAUCCUCCUGUACCUCCCGGAGGCCCAGGACAUCUACCGUACGGGGCUCACCUGCCGAGGCUGCUAUCGCAUAAUCCGUUCCCUUGAAAUUGUGAUUCUUGCUAGUUUUGUUGGUAUGAGCAGUGUGCCUGUUUUAGAAUCAGAUGCAUAUUUGACUGCUAAGUGUAAUAGCAGAUGGUGGGUGGGGAAAGUCUGUCAGACAGCUGGCAAGCCAUCUUGGCUCAUCAAGACAUCUGGCUGCUUUGUGAUGUGGUUCGUUUGUGAUGAUUAUUUCAGGAAGAAGGUGAGGACUGAGGAGAGAGGUUGUAAUUGCGAGUUAAUGGGCCUUGUCGAGAUAAAUGAGCUGAAAUGGGGACAGGCUUCAUACCUGAGGCAAUCCUGGACGGAGCUUUGCACGGGCAGCCUGCAUCUUCUGCCGGUGACUGAAGCAUUUUUUAGGACGCCUCUUGUGAAAAGCAACUCGAAAAACCAAAGGUCGAAUGGUCCAAAACUCAGACCGACAACCUUUCACCCCAGCCCAACCCAUCUUCCCUGCCCAGCCCGAAUGCUGCCCAAUUCCUCCAGUCAGACCCGAACUCGGCCCAGCCCCCACAGCCCAUCCCAAGCUCUGCAACAGCACACUCAACCCGCCCCUUUCUCCUCAUCAACACAAACUAGUGGCCUCGGACCGGCAAAAUCCUUCCUCUCAGCCGCCCAACACACCGUCGAGCCCUUCUCUUAUGGCUCUCUUUCCCUCUCCGGUAGCAUCCCGGAGGUUCUUUUGUCUUCCCCGGAAAUCUCAAAAAUGUCGGAGGACCACAAAUACGCUCUCAUAGGCAAAUUCUCCUUUAGCAAGCCCUCCAACGAAGCCAUCUGA